AUGUCAGAGUUUGCAAAGGACUCGCUCUCGCUGGAGGAGACCAAUAAGCUUCGCAUCUCGCUCGGCUUGAAACCGCUGACAGAGGAUUCGGACGAUGAUGCUGGCUCUGAGCGUGGCGGCGGCGGCGGCGGCGGCGCGUUGGAGGGUCAAGAGGAGCGCGCAGAGGAGAAUUACAGAAAGCGACAGCAAGAGCAGAAGAGGCAGCGAGAGCAAGAUGAGGUCAAGGAGCGCAUAGCCAAGGCUCGCAAUCGUCGCGAACUGGCUCGCAAGCUGCGGGGACCUACGUUGGGCGAGGGCGCGGGCGAGGGCGAGGAUGGCGAGGGCGAGGGCGAUGGCAGCGGCACGACGCUCAAGUGGCUCAAGGCGUCUCGGAAGCGCGCCAAGGAGAUUGCAGCUCGUAGGGCCAAGGAGCUGGAAGAGCAGGACGCUGCUGCACUGGAAGCCUACACCUCUGCAGAUCUGGCAGGACUGCGAGUAGCGCACGAUGUGGACGAGAUGGGACUGAGUGUGGGCGGGGAUGGCAGGGUGCUGACGUUGAGGGAUGCAGAUGUGCUGGACGGCCAAGAGGAUGAGCUGAUGGAUGUGGCGGCGCAUCAAAAGGAGCUGGACAGGCUGAAUGCCCAGCGCAGAAAAGGCGCAAAGGGGUAUACUGGUCUCGAUGACGAUGAUUUGGGCGGCGUCCUGUCCAAGUACGAUGCGGAUCUGGGUCCAGACGAGCGCGGUGGCGGUGGCGGUGGCGGUGGUGGCGGCGACGGCUUCAGGUUGGGAGAAGAGGUGCAGGCAUCCAAGCAGGAAGCAGACGAGGAGCGCAAGAGGGAAGCUGCUCGGCUGCUCAAUCGCACGAUGCUCGACUUGAAUUACGACAAGAAUCAAGAAGUUUCGGAUUAUCUCCAAGAAGGCGAUGCUGGCUUCAAACGGCCAAAGAGCAGAAAAAAGCGGCGCACUGCGAGGGUAAAGCUGGAAGACGGUGAGGGGGGCGAGGGCGAAGCGGGCGCGGCGAAGCUGGAAGACGGUGAGGGCGAGGGCGGCGACGCGAGCGCUGCUGCGAUGGACGUCGCCGAUGCGAGCACCUCCCAUUUCAAGCCUCGCGAAAUCUCCACUGAGAAUUUUGUAGACGAUGAUGAGCUCGCCGCUAGCUUGGCCAAGGCACGUCGUAACAAGGCCAAACGAACGAUGACCAAGAUGACGCCGGAAGAGAUUGCAAGGAAUCUCGCCGCCCAGGAAGCAGCCGAUGCUACCGACAAUGGCAACGGCAGCAGUCCAGCCGACAAUGCAAACCCGGCGAAAGCAGAAGCGACAGACGGCCUGACGUUUGACGACACGUCCGAGUUUGUGCGCAACAUUCAACAAAGACCUGCCUCACCUCGACCAGCUGCCAGGCGACGUGGCGCCGCGAGCGCGGCGAGCGCGCCGAACGCGGCGAACGCUGCUUUGCCCGUGGUCAGCCCCCAUCCGACCACUCUAGCGCCCUCGACCACUCUAGCGCCCACGCCUGACGUCGAGGACGGCGAGGACGUCGACAUGUCUCACUUGGACGAUUUGCCCAUGCCACAAAAAGGCGGACUCGACGAUGCGCCCGAAUUUGGCGCGCCCGAGCAGUACGUAUCCAGCGGCAUGGCAGCCACGCUGGCAAUGCUUCGAAACCAGGGCAUGCUGCAAGCUCGCUCUGCUGAAGAGAUUCAACGCGAGCAAGCGCAAAAAGAGUACGAUGCUUGGAUGGCCAAGAGGCGCGCCGAAGAUCGUGUGCGCCAGGCGGAGCGAGAGAUGAGCAAAGCGCAGGGAGCGGCAAAGGACCAAGCGACGCGAGAGUACGAGAAUCGCAUGCGGGAGCUCGAUGAUGCUCGACAGGCUCAAGACAAGUUUAAAGAUUACAAGCCAGACAUUAAGAUUGAGUACCACGACGAGCACGGACGGGUGCUGGGCACAAGGGAAGCGUGGAAAAAUCUCUCCCACACCUUUCACGGCAAGAUGCCAGGCAAGAAGCGUCAAGAGCUGAAUUUGAAGCGCAUCGAAGAGGAGCGAAAGAGGGAAAAAAUGACUGCUGGGGAUACGCCCACCGGUAUGAGCGGAGCCUUUGCUGCCAGAGCAGAGCGUGCUGGUCAGGCUCACAUGGUGAUUGGUGUUGGAUCGCGCAACAAUGCGCCUCAAGAGUUGGAACUGCUCGGACCAAACAUUGCCAAGGCGGGUGCGGGUGCGGGCGCGGGCAAGAGUGGUGGAAAGCGCAAUGCUCCCACUCCCCUCGGAGCGGAGCGCGAUGGCCGGUCCGCGUCUGCGACGCCGUUACCCGCGCCUGAUCUCUCUGGCACGACGUCGAUGGUACCUCGGGCUGCUCAGACGAAGCCGGCUUUUGCGCCCGUCAAGGCGAAGCCGGUGUCCACUGUAGCGUCAUCAUCGGCCUCGAACAACGGUACGCAGGGAUCGCGCUUCAAGCUCGCGUUUGGGAGGCGCACUAACGAGGGCGGGUGA